AUGGCGGUUAUCAACACCGGUGACUUUCCAAUUCACGGGCUUUUGCCAAAGCGAGAAACGGGUGCAGAUAGAUUUUUGGCUAAAUAUCCCGAGUAUGAUGGCCAUGGAAUUGUAAUCGCUGUGUUUGAUACAGGAGUUGAUCCAGGAGCUCCCGGUUUACAAGAAACCCCUGAUGGACGCCGAAAAAUAAUUGAUCUAAUUGAUACCAGUGGAAGUGGUGAUGUUGAUACCUCAACAGUGGCUGAGGCUGUUGAUGGCUGUGUAACAGGACUUACAGGAAGGAAAUUGAGGAUUCCAGAUGACUGGGAAAAUCCCUCGGGCAAGUUUUUCAUUGGAGUGAGGAGUGCCUAUAGUUUGUUUCCAGGAAAGCUGAGAGAGAGGCGAGUGAAAGAAAGGCGUGAGAAACUCUGGGACCCACCCCACCAGGUGUGCAUUGCAGAGGCAACAAGGAGGCUUGAUCAAUGGGAUGCAGAACAUCCAGAUCCUUCUGUGCAUGAGAAGUUAAUCAGAGAAGAUCUUCAAGCUCAAGUGGAGACCCUUAACAGUCUUGAAAAGAACUACUCUGACACUGGUCCUAUUUUUGAUUGUAUUGUGUUUCAUGAUGGAUACACUUGGAGAGCUUGUGUUGACACAUCUGAGACUGGAGACUUAGCCAGCUGUACUCUGCUGUCAAAUUACCGAGAAUCUGGACAGUAUGCCACAUUUGGAAAAGAAGAUUUGUUCAACUACAGCGUCAGCAUUUAUGAUGAAGGCAAAAUACUGUCUAUAGUAGCAAAUGGAGGUACACAUGGUACUCAUGUGGCCAGCAUAGCAGCAGGUUAUUGUCCAGACGAUCCAGCAUUGACAGGUGUUGCUCCUGGUGCUCAGAUUCUCUCAGUUAAGAUUGGCGAUACAAGGUUACAAACCAUGGAAACUGGGGCCUCCAUGACAAGAGGGUUGAUUGCAGUUCAUCAGUACAAAUGCGAUCUUAUAAACAUGAGCUAUGGAGAAGCAAGUCAUUGGCCAAAUUCAGGACGUAUAAUUGAACUCAUGAAUGACCUUGUGGACAAACACAAAGUUAUAUUUGUGGCAAGUGCUGGUAACAAUGGUCCUGCCCUCUCCACAGUGGGAUGUCCAGGGGGUACUGCAGAGUCUCUUAUAGCACAGAUGGCGCAUUAGGAGUGAAUAUCAGCGCACCGGGUGGAGCAAUAGCUGCUGUCCCCAACUGGACGCUGAGAGGAACACAACUGAUGAAUGGAACAUCAAUGUCUUCACCCAAUGCUUGUGGAGGAGUUGCUCUCCUGCUAUCAGGUCUCAAAGCAAAUGAUAUUCCCUAUUCUCCACACAGCAUUCGUAGAGCACUGGAAAAUACUGCCCUUCACGUGGAAGGACUUGAUAGACUCACGUUAGGACAUGGCCUUCUACAGGUCGACAAAGCGUUUGAGUUUUGUAGAGAAUUCUCGAGUGUUCCAGAUAGAGAUGUUAGAUUUCAGAUAACUUGUUCUGGAGGAAAGAGAGGAAUUUAUCUUCGUGAAUCUUGUCAGCUGUGUAAAACCUUCUCUGAAACAGUAUCUGUUACUACACAUUAUGAAGAGGAUGUUGCCAACGAUGACAGAAUAAACCUCAACCUCCGACUUAGUUUGGUCAGUUCAGUGUCGUGGGUGACCGUACCGGAUCAUUUUGUCCUCAUGAAUACAGUGCGGAGUUUCAGUGUCAAGGUUGAUCCUCGGGGUUUGUCGCACGGAGCGCACUAUGCUGAGGUGUCCGCUUAUGACAUCAGUUGCCCACAGCGAGGACCGCUCUUCAGAAUUCCGGUAACAGUCAUUAUACCCAACAGUGUUAGUAAUGUGAACCAUUUUGUGCACGACUUGGAAGAUGUUAAGUUCAAACCCGGACAGGUACACAGGAGUUUUGUUCAUGUCCCAGAAGGAGCAACGUGGGCGGAAUUUUCAGCUCUUUCACUUGAACAAGAAGUCAGUGGCCGCUUUCUUCUCCAUGCCGUUCAGUUGUCACCUCUCUCGUCCUUUAAGGAACACGAGUUCUUCCAAUUUUUUAUCCUUGCACCGCUGAGCGAGAAAACCCUUAGUUUUGCAGUAAAGGGUGGUGAGACCUUAGAGUUGUGCACAGCAAGAUGGUGGGCAAGUCUAGGGGAGUGCGCCGUCAAGAGAAGUGUCACGUUUCAUGGAGUUAAUCCCAGUGAAAAGAGCAUAACACUGCAAACAUCAAAGGUCUGCAGAGUGGAUGUCAAACCUGUUCUGAGGGAGGAACAAAUUAACCCGUCUGUAUCACUCAAAACACAUGCACAGUCACUCAGACCUUCAGAAUACAAGAUCAACGCGCUUGGCUCGAGAGAUGUCUUACCAAAUGGACGGCAAAUUUUCGCCUUAACUCUCACUUAUAAUUUCCAUCAGUCCAAAGCGGGUGAAGUGAGUGUCGAUGUUACGUACCUGUCUGACCUGUUAUACGAGUCUGAAUACGAGUCUCAGCUGUGGAUGAUUUUCGACUCUAAUAAAAGGCUGUUGGGAAGCGGAGAUGCAUUUCCUGACCGGUACUCCGUCAAGUUAGAAAAGGGAGAUUACGUGCUGAAGCUUCAGGUUCGACAUGAUAACAAGGAUCAACUUGAGAAAUUGAAAGACACCGUGGUCUUAAUAGAACAGAAACUUUCGCCCGCUAUCACACUGGACACACAUUCGUCACGUCUCGCCGCUAUGAAAUCCAGCAAGUUCAGUUCGUGCACUCAGAGGCCAGGCUCUUGUUGUCCUGUUUACAUAACGCCUCCAGCGGAUGAUAAGAUUCCCAAAGUUGCCAAACAUGGUCACAUUCUUAAGGGGACAAUUUCAUACGUGAAGAGUGAGACUGGAAAAAAAGCGUGCACUUACCCAGUUCAGUACGUUGUUCCGGCCGCACCCAGUAAGCAAAAUAGCAAAGCAGCGACCACAAAACCGGAAGAAAAAGAGGUGAAACAACAGUUUGAGGAGGCAAUGAGAGACUUUAAAAUCUCCUGGAUACCAAAACUUGGUGAUCUAAAUUUGUACGACGAGCUUGCGGAGCAGUAUUCUGAUCAUUUACCGUUACAUGUAGCAAGACUCCAUUUCCUAGAUAAUUCCAAGGAUAGACUUCAGAGGCUUCCACAAGUCACAGCUGCAGCGGAAAAAGUCAUACAAAUGAUAGACCUUGUUGAGUUGUCAAGUUAUUACGGUAUGAAGACCGACCCGCGGCCAGACGCCGCUAACAUCAAGAGUGAGAAAGACAGUCAAAAAGCUACAUUAGUAGACGCACUGAGUCGUAAGGGAAUAGCUCUUGCUGACCAGAUACUGGGAAAAUCCUCAGACACUUCCGACAACAGGGAGCCCCAAGACGAAGGAGAGGCCAGUAGUUCGGAUGAGCAGGCGGAGACAGAGGAAGCAAUCUAUGGAAAACUUAAGGAGACUUUCAACGAGCUUGUUAAGUGGAUCGACGUUUUAGACUCCAAGGUUCUUCCGUUUUACAUUCGCCGCGCAGAGGCAAUGAAGCUAUACGGCCUUGCUCUGAAGGCAUCGAUCAAACAAAAUGGCGAUGGCACACCAAACAGGGUAAACGAUGACAGGAACAUCAUGUUGUUCGAGGAGCUUGGUUGGGAACAUUGUGCGCGACUCACCAGAGAGAGUCUUCCGGUGAAAUAUCCCGCCACUUAUCAGCCAUUUUGAUGAACACUUUGCUGUAGCAUUUAUAAUACUAUGUUCAUUAUCAUAGGUUUAACUGAAUUUAAUGCACGCGGGCACGUGCAACACGAAAACUAUUGAGUGCACUUACAUAAUGGACUUCUUUGUAUACAUGUAUGGAUAGUGUUGUUUGGACCUUUCACUCUAGUCUCUGGAUCUAAAUUUAAAUUCUCUGAACUGUCUACCAUACAAUUCUUAAAAUGUUUGGAAAGAGAAUUUUGUGUUGAAUCAGUCAGUGUUACCUGUAGCUGAUCGAUAUUUCUCUUACCUCUUAUCGCUUUUCCACCUUGAAGUGGAGUUUUUCAUUUUAGGAUAAAUAACUCACGCGUCGUUCGCGUGAAAAGGUUUAGUAUGCUAUUUUCAAAUGUUGUUAAGUGGAUGUAAAACUGCUUAAUGAAAAGGUAUAUUCACAAAUGCACCUAAUUAAAAAAAAACGUGCUUGUCUCGUUUUCUCCGAUAUUCUUGAGGUAAGAGUUUUGGUAAUACCAACCUAAACAAGUGAAAAUCAACUCACGAACAAACGGAUUUUUCAACGCUGUUGUGUCGUUAUUUUCAGUACAAGAUGAUUAGAUUUAACUAGACUAGUACUGUCCUUCCUUUCCAGCGAUAUGUGUGUCGCGCGAAUAAAAAAAAAAAAUCGGCAAAAUAAAAAAAAAAGAAACAUCGAUGGUAGCGGGCCGCGUAGAGCUCUGGGAGUGAGGCGCAUGAAAAACAGGGUUUCGGGAACGUUAAAUCUCUUUCGCCAACUUUUUUUGUACUCGUGCGACGGACUUCGCCUAAAAGGAGGGACUGUCCGAUAACGUUCGCUGCCAACUCACGCAAAACUAUCUCAAUUUUAGUCCGAUUGGACAUCAAGGUGCGUUCUGUUGUACGUAAUCAUUUUAGGUGGGUCGGGUUCAUUGGGUUACUGGCGCAAAUCUGUUUUUGAUUGAUUUGGUUGAUAAUCGUUUUCAACCAGCACCAAGCAAGGUUGAUAUAGUUGAAAAGGCAUGGGUAUUUAGUUGUCUUUUUGCGGGCUUUAUAAGUCGUUCCUGGGCUCUAACAUCCUCUAGCCGUUGGCAACACUCGCUGUAAACAAAACCAAAACCGACCAAUAAUGCGUACGCGUUUGAUACACUGGCUAUGGAAGAAAAAGAAGAAGGAA